CAAAUUAGCGUAGCUGACAACUAUAUCUACCCAAGGGACAAUCGAUUUUCUACCCAAUUCCUGCAAUUUCAACACACCUUCACAUCAAGUUUCACCGCCAUGGCCUUGCCAGAACCUUCCAGCCUCUCCGCUCAUCUCGAGAUAACACAUGGGCAUCACUCACCAAUCCCUCUGCCCGCACUCCUCCCAACCUCCUAAUACCUCUCAGGUUGACUAAAACGGCAGCCUACUCAUAUUAUAUAACCUCUCGUCCUCAUCCCUCUCCCGCAAAUCACCCUCCUCUUUCCUUGUCUGUAUUUCCUUCUGUUUCUCCCUCUCUAUCCCCAAUGCGACCCUCAUCAAUCUAACCCUCUCCACCGCAUUCCCACUCCUUACAUGCGCCUCCUCCGGUGUCUUCACAUCGUCCAGCGGUAUAUCAUCUGGAGACCUCUUCACAUCCCUCUCUUUCUUCCUAAAUCCUUCCUCCUCAUCCUUGCCUCUUUGAUUCUGUUUUUUCUUGGCUUUGCGGCGGCAAAGGCUGCCUAUGCUGCCGAUGAUGCAGCUUGCAAUGCAAGCGAGGACGCAGAAGGCCACGAUAUAGACCCAGAUGGCGUCGGGGUUGGUAAGCCAGGCGUACUGGUUUGCGGUUGGGGGUGGGUAUUGGGGUGGAGCGGAGAAAGCAGUGCUCUGCGUUGCUGCGGUAGUAGCUGUUGGGGAAGGGGAAGGGACGACGGUGCCGGUGAGAGUCAAGAACUGAGCCUUAACUGAGGCCAAGGGAGGGGAGACCACGUUUUCGGGGAGAACGUGGGAUACGGGAGUCAUUUUGAUGUCCUUGUAUGUUGGUUUAAAGGUUUGUGCUGGAGAUAGUAUGUGAGAGUUGAUGAGAGUUGUGGGCGUGGUUGGGAAGAAAGUGAAAUUGAAGGCA